CCUGUAAAGUAUGACUUCCAACCGCCUGCAGACAUUUGCCCUUUAUAUUCAUUUGCCCCCCACUUUUUCUCUCACUCAAGCAAACCAUCUUUUGCCUUUACAACUAUCCAUCUCCUCUUUCUUUCACACAAAUACACCGGAAUCUUAAGUCAAAUUCUUGAGGAAAAUGAAGCAUAAGAGAAAUAUACUCUGUUUCCUCUUUUGCUUAUUUUGUUUCAUGUCAGAAACUGGCACAGUUUCAGCCACACGCCCGUUGAACUCAAAUGUCGAAAUCAGUCCAACGUUAGCGAUAUUACUCGCUUGUCUCGUAUUAUUCUUGUUGGCCGUUAUCUUCAUAUAUAUACGUCGUAUGAGCCCUGAUUCCUUUGACGAAUCAAUGGGUUUUUACUUCUUUCGGCAGCGACCAGUUUCCCGUGGAAUCGAGCCUAAUAUCAUCGAAACUUUGCCGGUAUUCGUGUACUCCGAUGUCAAAGCCCUAAAGAUAGGCAAAUCUAUCCUAGAAUGUGCUGUUUGCCUAAACGAGUUCGAAGAUGAAGAUACGCUCCGCCUUCUUCCUAAUUGUUGCCACGUGUUCCAUUCUGAAUGUAUUGAUGCUUGGCUUGCCUUUCGUACCACUUGCCCAGUUUGCCGUGCAAAUCUCAAAACAAAACCCGUGGGUAAACUUCAAGAAUCAAUUCAAGAAACAGAUGACGUUGAGUCUCAGAAUGUCAGCUCGGAUGCAUCACAUCCAGCACCAGAAGAAGUAAUAAACCAGUCUUCUCAAACGCCGCCCGUUCAUAAUCAUACUCCAAAUAGUAGCAGUAAGGCGAGAAGUAAGACACCUGAUUUUCGGCACCUUGCACCAAAAUCAACACCGAGAAGGCCAAAGAUUUUUGGGAUGUUCAGUCGAUCUCACUCGACGGGUCACUCGUUGAUUCAACCUGGUGAGAAUUGCGAGAGGUUUACUCUAAGGUUACCUGAUGAUGUACGUAAAAGAUUGAUAGACUUAAGCUUGAGUAGAGCCUACAAUGGCGCCGUAGCUUUUUCUCCAGCGAGAAAUUCAACUAAGGGGUACCGGUUCCAACCGGAGGAGGGCCGGUUAAGCUUGAGUAGGGCAUCCAAUGGCGCCGUAGCCUUUUCUCCAGCGAGAAGUUCAACUAAGGGGUACCGGAUCGAACCGGCGGAUGGUCGGUUAAGCAAGCUCCGGUUUCUACCGACACCGCCUAUGUUCUCUAGAUCCGGUUCGUCGAAAGAGGAGAAGGGUGAGAAACAGCCGAAGAGUCUGCUGAAGUCCGUUAAGUCAGUUAAGUCGCCGUUAAGUUUGUUUUGCGGGACGGAAAAGGACGAUACAGGAGAAAGAUCUUUUACUUAUUUAAGAUCAAGUAGUACUUCAAGUUAGAUAAUUUUCCAUUUCUUUUUAUUUGGAUCUCACAUGGACGAGCUUGCAAGGCAAAGCCUCAUCAUGAAUCCGUUUACUUUUUCCUCUCCUUUUUUUUUCACACAAUUAAUUAUGUUGUAUAUAGCUAUUGGAUAGUGGAGGCGUCACAAUCAAUGAAUUGGUUUCUUUUCUAUAA